UUAUGCUGAGCUUCGUCCCAGCCCCGACAUGCAGUGCGCCCUUGUAACUCCCCAAAAUCCGGAGUCAGCGUCUCUGCGUUACGCACAGCUGGAGGGACCGACCGCAGCGGCGAGGGGCCGAGCAGCCGGCGCGACAGUCUCCUCCACAGGUUGACGCGGCCCGCUGUGAAAAGAUGAAACGCGCCCUGCGUCCGCGUGCGUCUCCCCUGCCUGCCAGCGGCGUCUUCUUCUCGCCACGUAACGGAGACGGAGCCGUCGGGGGAACGGCGACGCACUCGGCAUAGCGUCCCCGUUUUGGAGUGGAGACCACGAGGGCGAUGAAGGGCCACUCGCCUCCGAGGAGGAGACUCCAGCGCGGUCGCGUCCUCUUCCUCCUCUCCGGUGUGCUGCUGUGCUUCGUCUACACGCUGACUCUGAAGGCCAGGCUGUCGGAGCUGCGGGCGGAUGGCGCCCUCGCCGAUGACGUCGUGGAAGUCCACGUUCGGGAGGUGAUGGCGUCCAAUGAGACGAAGGCGGUCGCCUCGCCCGGCGGCACCGAACCUCCUCCGGUGAUGAUCGUCAACAGGACCGAUAUAGAACAGUGUAUGUACGUAGAACCUCAACCUCUCAAACCUCCGCCCACUCCGCCGCCGCCCACCACGACGGCCACCGCUCAACCCCCUCACAGGAAGGGCGAUUACCCCGAGGACCUCUUCUCGGUGGAGCAGCGACAGCAGGGCUGGGUGACCCUGCACCUCUUAGGCAUGAUCUACAUGUUCGUCGCCCUGGCCAUCGUCUGUGACGAGUUCUUCGUCCCCGGGCUGGAGGUCAUCACCGCCAAGCUGGCGAUCUCCGACGACGUGGCCGGGGCCACCUUCAUGGCGGCCGGAGGCUCCGCCCCGGAGCUCUUCACCUCCCUGAUCGGAGUCUUCAUCUCCCACAGCAACGUGGGCAUCGGCACCAUCGUGGGCUCGGCCGUCUUCAACAUCCUGUUUGUGAUCGGCAUGUGCGCCAUCUUCUCCCGGGAGAUACUGCACCUGACCUGGUGGCCGCUCUUCAGAGACGUGACCUUCUACGUCCUGGACCUCGUCAUGCUCAUCGUCUUCUUCCUGGACAACACCAUCCUGUGGUGGGAGAGCUUGAUGCUGCUGCUGGGCUACGUCAGCUACGUGAGCUUCAUGAAGUUCAACAGCCAGAUCGAGCGCGUGGUCAAGACCCAGAUCAACAGGCACAUGAGCAUCGUCAAGGUGUGGACCGCGGAGGAGCCGGAGAAGGAGAGUGAAGCUCCACCUCCUGCUGCUGUUGCUGCACCAAAGGCUAAAGACGAAUCCAAACGAGAACCUGAACCACCCCCGAGCGCCCUUCAGUGCAGCAAACCGCCGUCAGAGCCACACGAUGAGGAAGCGAGACUCAAGCUGCGCCCCCCGCUGCAGCGGGGCGGCAGCACCGCCUCCCUCCACAACACCUCGCUGAGGAGCACCAUCUUCCAGCUGAUGAUCCACACGCUGGACCCUCUGGGAGAAGAGGCCGCGGUUAAAGGCCCAGGGAAAGCGUCCGGCCAGAGGAAAGCCAGAGGAGAGACAUCCUUUAAUGGUGAUGUCAGAGGGGAGAGGCACGCAAACCAACGUCACACUCUGAUCGUCCCGGUUUCGGGCAAAUUACAGAGCAAGUCGAGUCCCCGCCAGUCGGAAGAUGAUGACCCAGUGCCGACUGAGCCAGCCGCCGCCGAGCCGUCCACCUCCCAGCCUCAAAAGACGGAAGAGAAGAGCGAGAAGACGGCCGACCAGCCGGACGCCUCCAAGGCGGCGGCGGGGGGCUCGGAGAGCUCGGACGACGAGAGCGGCAAGUCCGUCGAGAGCGGGAGCGCCGGUGGUCGUAGUGGUGGUUCUAGUUGUGAUGAAGGAAACAAGGAGGAGGAAGGUGGGGAGGAGGAGGAUGAACCGUUGUCUUUAAAGUGGCCUGAAACCAGACGCAAGCAGGCCACCUACCUGUUCCUGCUGCCCAUCGUGUUCCCGCUGUGGCUCACGCUGCCGGACGUCCGCAACCCGGAGUCCCGACAGUAUUUUGCGUGUUCGUUCGUCGGCUCCAUCCUGUGGAUCGGGGUGUUCUCCUACAUGAUGGUGUGGUGGGCUCAUCAGGUGGGGGAGACCAUCGGCAUCUCAGAGGAGAUCAUGGGUCUGACCAUCCUGGCUGCCGGGACGUCGAUCCCCGACCUCAUCACCAGUGUGAUCGUGGCCCGUAAAGGCCUGGGGGACAUGGCCGUGUCCAGCUCGGUGGGCAGUAAUAUCUUCGACAUCACCGUCGGCCUGCCCGUCCCGUGGCUCAUAUACACUCUGCUGCACGACGGCGAGCCGGUGACCGUCAAGUCCAACGGCCUGUUCUGCGCCAUCGUGCUGCUCUUCCUCAUGCUCCUCUUCGUCAUCAUCUCCAUCGCCGUCUGCCGCUGGAGGAUGAGCCGAAAGUUGGGCCUCACCAUGUUCGUCCUGUACUUCGUGUUCCUCGUGCUCAGCGUGAUGCUGGAGUAUCGCGUCCUCGUCUGCCCCGUGUCCAUCUGACGGGGAUCCACACCGGACGUCAAACCGCGGUAGUAAACACAUUUGAAGAAGAAGUCCCCCCCUCAACGUCGUUGAGUCCAGCCCUCUGAGGCACAUUUGUGAUUUGGGUCUAAAUUCAUUUAAUUUAUUCACUUUAAAUGAUCUUCAGCUUUUUUUAGAGACAAUUGCAAAGUUACAUCUGUCAGUGAUGACCAGUGUCAGAACAUGUGAAAUAUUUUGUCUAGCAACAUUAUCUAUAAGCCACAAAACAUGUGAUAAAUUAGGAUAUACUACCAGUAUAUUUAUUUAGAAACAAGUUAAUAACAUCCUUAUAAUAAAAGAAUCAGAAAGCAGCUCCUAAACAGGUUUGCUGAUGGUUGACAUUUGAGGGGAAAUUUCUCUGGGUACAUCACACAUUCAGUGAGAUGUUUAACAUAAUGUGAGAUAUGAUUGCUAAAAUGUGAGUGUUAGUCUCACUGCAGCUGCCGGAUGUGACGGCACAAUUAUCUAAAAAAAAAUUUAACCGCAGUCUAAAUCUAUUUUGACCCGUGAGGAGACUUUAAACAGAUAAAUGACAUUACAGGAGUAACGUUUCAUUCGUUGUGCAGCACCAACACAGGAUGGAACUUCAGUUUUUAUAUGUUCAGUAUUUUCUAUAUCCAACCAAACUGUUGUGUUCAGUGUAGGAGUGUGUGUGUGUGUGAACAAAUAUUUCAUAUUGUCAACAUGCCGUGGUGGUUGUCGGACCGUCUUUAGAUGUGAGAAAAUAAAGCGAGGUGUCCUGUUGUAAACUGUUGGAUUGAAGUGGAUGCAAAACAUGUAUUAUUGAUGGAAAACUAUCAGUAUUUACAAUAAAGAUUCCAUGAUGCAAUAAAAUAUUUUUUUUACAGUGA